UAGGAGAGCUGCGCGGAAAGUUUUCCUUUAGUUGCAACCCCCAAAAUGAGUGCAGCACAGGGCUGCGUGGGCGCAGGAAGCAGCAUUUUCGCUGCAGACUGGAAUGCAGAGGCGGGAUACAGAAAACCAGAGACACGGGCCCCAAUACAAGACCAAGUGCAGCUAUCCAGGGACCAGUCCAGUGCUCGAGGAAACGCUCAACGUAGCGCAGGCCAACAUUUUGUGGCCGAAGUUGGACCUGGACCUGGACCUGGGACCUACCUGCAGCUUUAGUAGCUGUCUAUAUACAAGUCCCUCCGCAGCCUCUGGGUGGCUCCUCAAUUACCUUGGAGACCAAUUCCCUGCUGCAUAUUGUCUACGGCUACGGCUGACAAGUUUUCAUAAUUUGCAACAUUAGCAUAAGCAGCAAACUGCAAAAGCAACAACGACUAUAGCAACAACUACAACAACAGAGGUAAGACCUGAGGCAGUACGAAGCCCAGCCCAUCGCUCUCUUUUAGUACCUAUUACGUAUACUAUGGCUGGAUCCAACCCCAAUACUUUGUGGGCACAACGAAUGACGAGCUUUCAGGUCAAGCAGAAGGACCUAAAUCGCUUGGUGAUGAAUUAUCUGAUCACAGAGGGCUACCAGGAGGCGGCACAGCGCUUCAAGACCGAAUCGGCGCUAGAGCCGAAUUGUCUGGUGGACAGCGUCGAUGAUCGCGUCAGGAUCCGCAAUGCUGUGCGAAGUGGCCAAGUGAAGUAUGCCAUGGACCUGGCCAACAGGCUGUAUCCGCAGCUCUUCGAGACGGACAACUACAUGUACUUUCACAUGCAGCAGCUGCGGCUGAUCGAGCUUAUACGGGAGCAGAAGGUGGAGCAGGCCCUCGACUUUGCCCAGAGCAAGGAAUCUGGUCUGUGCGAGGUACACUCGGACAACAUCCGAGAGAUGCAACGCGCCCUGGCCCUGCUGGCUUUCGAUAAGCCCGAGGAGAGUCCAUACGGGGACCUGAUGAAGCCCGCCUACAGGCAGCAGGUGGCCGGGGAGCUGAACGCGGCCAUUCUCAAGUACGAGGGUGGGGAAAUUGUCCAGCCGAAAAUGAUGUUCCUCAUCAAGCUGAUCCUCUGGGCCCAGGACAGACUAGAGAUGGAGGGAAUUUCGGACUAUCGGCGCAUGGACCUGGAGACGCCUGACUUCGAGGAGGAGAUUAGGCGGGCUUUCCAGGAUGGUUAAGCGCAACGGCUUAGAAGGUGCCCCAACAAAUUCGGUGUCUCUGCUGCAACUUAUCUAGAAAUAUGAAUGUUUUGUUUGGGUGUUUUUUUUUUUUUUUGGAUGUGCUGCAU